GAUUCGAAGCUCGUUCUCGACAGCCCAACAACGAAGACACGGACAGUGAACAGUACAUCCCGGAUGCAUUCAUGUCUUUUGAGUGUCCACCGUACACCGACCCACCCCCUCCCUACUCUCCGCCCAAACCUCCGCAGAUCUUGCCAGGGGAGCAGCCCCCGCCUUAUGAAGAGAUCAACCAAAAUGGCGACGCUAACGGCAACGUUGCGGCGCAGAGUAGGAACGGUGGUGGUGGUGGUGUUGGUGGCAGCAGCAAUGGCCAUGUGGACGCUGUGAAUAGUAUCGGUCACAUGUCCAACGGGAGCGUUCUCUCGCCCUCGGGCUCUCACCGGAUGGCUGGCGUGCUGCAACAACAGAGAGCGGUCGGUCAUAGUCCUCAGGGGACGGAAAUCACGCGGCAGAUUCCUCUAGGGACCGUGUCGACGGACCAGCGACACCGACGCUCACACAGUGACAGUGCCCGGGCCCCCGUCGCCCUGACGGCGUACGCCAGCACCGAUGUGGUUGGCGGUUUGGGCGUGGUGAUAUCGCCGCAGGACGACACGGUGAGCUACUCGGCCCGCAGCCAGGAUUGGCCUCCAUGGAGGCAACAACAGGAGAACGAGCCGCGAGAAGGAGGCGUACAAACGAACCAUCCCCACCAGAGCCGGACUGGUUCGUCUCACCAAGAGCGGCCUCGGUCGCUGGGUCCUUCCAGCAGGAUGGACCACAGCGGUAACACAAGCAGGGUCCAAACUCAGCCUACCACCACAGCAUUUCAACGUUUCUCAAAUCUGUUCCGACGAGACAGCAACAAGUCAAAAUCCCGGCGUAGGGACGGCCGGCCAACAUCGGACUGUGCCGCUCCUCCUCACUACGCCACCGUGCCGAGGAACGAGAUGCCGCCGGGCGAGGAGUUUUCCCUCAGCAGCUCAGGUCGUUCUUACAGCGGGAGGCGGCGAGCCCCUGUUCGGACCCACCCCAGCGGCGGUUUCCCCGACCGCAUGUGCAUGAGCUACGACAGCGGCCAGGCGGCGUACACGCUGGGCCCCGGCUCGCCCAGCACUAGCUCCACAAGCUCGUCCAGCGCCGCCGACCACCACCAGCAUCAACCCCCGCAGGCCACACAGCAGCAUUACUCCUCCAGCGUCAUAACGCCACAGGCCCCACACCACCAGGAUGUACCCAGAGUUCCCGCUCAGUACGCAGGAAGUAGUGUCCCGGGUGCUGCGUACAGUCAGAGACAGCAGUUCCACGAGGACCUGCGGCGACAUCUGCCACCCUUGCAGCAGCCUGAGACAGCCGUCGAUGGGCCCGAGCCGAGUGGUCACUCCGGUGGACAUUCUACCGUGACCUGUGCUUCGAACAGAAUCCCACCCAUCAUGUCGCAGUCAGCACCACCUGAAGCACCCGGCUCAGCACCGGACAGUCGUACAUUCAGUGGGAGCAGGGAUCAGCAUCCUGCAGUCAGUUCCACCCCUACUGGAUCCUCGGUCGUUUACGGGUCAGCUCAGCCGCAACAUCAGCGAAGUGUUGGAGCGACUGACGGUGAACCGGCUGGUGAUGUCAGUACGUGGGGGCCACGGUCAACAUUGCCCGUGUCUACUUUUGGUCUCUUUCCGUCUUCGUCUUCGUGUUCUUCCCCUUCUCAGAACGUUUCCACUUCCGGUGCUGCUUCUUUAAGCCCCCAUUGUUCUCUGGCCUCCUUCAUCCGCUCGAACCCGACUGCGACAAUCAGCGACAUACAAGAGCAUAUUGCUACAGCCACAAGCUCCAGAGACCCACACCACACAUCAGCAAGGGGCGGCCCCACCUCCAGCAGACCGUCGUCAUCUCAUAUCUCUGAGAACAGACCUCCGUCUCAAGUGUUAGAGUCGACCAUUAGCUCCAUUAGACAUCCGUUACCUCAUGCUUCAGAGUCUUCAUCUGCCGUCCAUGACCUCCACGCACGCCAUCAGGCUGAUCCAUCCUCGCACACCUCACCAACCACAGCGUCUGUCUCUGCCCACCCUGGCAUUGCUGCCGAAUCACUCGAGUUUGACUCUUGCCCGACUAGUCACCAUCCGUUAUCCACCAAUACGAGCAUCGGUCAGCUGGAUACCUCGACACUGGCCGGUGCCCACAGUACGUACAGUUCUUCCUCUCCCAGCCCGUCACCGCCAGUCACCAGCCAUUACGGCAGUGUUGGGGGCAGCGUCAUGAGACGUUCUCAGUCGGGUAUGUCUCAAGGCUCCGUCUUUUCUGUGUGCUCGGAGACUGGGGAGAAAAGACUAAGGGCCAACAAUGACCUGUCUUCCGAGACAGAGCCCAAAGCUAUCGCUUCAGACUCGCAAUACCCGGAGUGCCACAGUCUGCCAUUAUCCCGUGCUCAAUCUUUACGGUCGGAACAUCGCGUGCAACAACCUCCCGGUGAUUCAUUAAGUCGUAGCGCUUAUGCUGCUUCUACGUCCCAGCGCCAUAAUACUUACCAUCCCACCUCUUCAUCCUUCGGCACUACGCUUGCCAACAGUGUAAAUAAUAAUAGUAAUAAUAAUAAUACUGACUCUGCAGGGUGUGAACCUGUGCCCCCGCCUGCCCCUCCCACCAGCUCUGCAGACUCUUCAUCUUGUCCAUCUCGUGGUUUGCUAGUCUCCUUACCCCCACCAAAAGCUGAUGGGGACAAAUCUGUAGCAAAUAGUUGUAACUUAGACUCAGGUACCUCUGAGAAACCAGACUUCAGCAAAGGCCUGUCUCCGAUGCUGGAGAUUGUAAGCUCCGAGCCCCAGCCGGCCAAGGUCUCUCUGCCUGCUGCGGCUGCUGCCUUCGUGCCUCCGCAAAUGCCGAGCAGAGUCCAUGCUUUUACCGGGAACCACAUGUCGACCCCCGCGCAACCGCCGCCGCCACCCCAACUGCCGUCCGCGGAGGACUACAGGCACCACCAGUCGUCGCGACCAGAGAAAGAAGAGAACUCGAAAAAACUUCGGAAAAAAAGAACCAAAGACAGAGGUAAUUCCAGUCCUAUUUUCUUGAUAGCUAACAAAUCAAAACACACAUCUAGUCCGAAGUACUCUAGGGGGGCUUUUUAUGAGAGAAAUAAGGAAAAGCUUGGUGUUAAAUAUAGUGAUGAUGUUGCUCAAGAAAAAGAUGGUGGCAAAGGGAAAACGUAUAAAUCAAAUGAAAAGAAGUACCGAAAUGCCGUGGCGCCCAAUCUACGCCAAUCGGGCAAGCAUGUGGAACCUUCAGUACCUGGCAGCCGGUCCGCCCGUGCCUCAGACGCUCAAGCCGCUUAUGGUAACGCCGACGUGUAUCGCGGAGGGGCGGGGGUCAGCUUCGGCAACCCCCCGGCCCCGCCCACCCACCACAUCCAGCAUCUGGCCUACCUGGGGUACGUUGACCCCUGGGAGCACCCGGGCACUGCGGGGGUGGAGAGGGCGGACCUCCCUCCCCCGGCUUCUGUUCCCUGGAACAACCUGAACCAGCCUCAAAACUCUGGUGGCGGUAAGUCUGGCACAAGUCGGGAUGUGGCUGGGGCUGGCGUCAAUUCCUCGACACCCGCGGGCCACUUUCCGGGCAAGCAGGAGCCUUCAGCUGCUCCUUCUAGGAGGAAACAGGUGCACAAAAAGCAAGGCUUGGUCGUAGAUAGACCAGGCCAGGGUUCCAGCCCAUCCAGGCACAAAACCAGGCCCAAGUCAUUGGCCACGGCCAUGGAGCGCUCGAGCGAGAAGACGCGCCUAGAGGCCAGUCUACCCAAGCCCAGUGUGAACACUGGGGACAUGGGGAUGGCUUCUUCUCGCGGGGCCCGGUCCGGAUUCGGGCACGACCUUAACUUCGACGACCAGUCGGGCGUGGCCGAUUUUUACGACCGAGAUCUCGACUUCUCCGCCAAGAGGUUUUCUCUACCCCACGAGAGCCAGCAGCAAGGCUCGUCGAAAGCGGCAGGGUCGAAAUUCGACAGUGGGGUCACCACAGACAAUGGGAACAGAAGUGUGGGAGCACCCACAAACCACCCGAGCAGCAGGUCGGGACUGAGCAACGACCUGUCCUUCGUCAGCCGGUCGGCCACUUCGGCUGGACGCAGCAAGAAGCGGCAAUCUUUGCCCGCCGUCAUCAACAGCAGCCUCCCCACUGUGGUUCCCGAGAGGAGCCUGGAGGCUUUGGGUGCUACUGGCUGUGAUGAACACGUGGGCAGCUGGGGGGAAAGAGCGCUGGAUCAAGAUGAUUUAACCGAGGCUACGAGCUAUGUAUGAUGUUCUAUUGCGUGUUAAAAAAUCUUUCUUUGUUCAGGUCUAAGUGUAUGUGGAGGGGGAGAAAUGGCCCUGAAUUGUAAAAUGGAAUUCAUUUUUGUACUCCUAACUUUUGUACGACGGCACUGUGUGACUUUGCUUACAAAGGGAUGUGACCAUAUAUUUGAUCCAUUAUCAUUGGUAAUAAGCAAAGACAGCAAAUGCUUCUUACUUAAUGUCUCUUUCCUUGUCACUUUUUGGUCUUUGGGCUUGCAAGGAAGUGCAGUUUCUGCCAAAUCUUUCUGUGGACUUAUAGAAUAUGAAAUUGAAAGUUCCCAUUUCAUUUUUAUAUAUGAUUGAUUGGAGUAUAAUAUUUUCGUUCUCUCACUCAACUGGAGUCAGCAGUAAAUAGAAAGCAUUGUAUGUGUGUGUUUUAUCAAGGUGAUGACGUACUUUAGUUUACAAAGUUAAUUUUUACUUUUCUAGACUUUGUGUAGAAGGAGAUUUGUUUUUACCAAACAAGGUGAUUAUUUUUACGUACGUGUAUAAAUUGUUAAAAUGCCAGUUGUGCUAUAUAUGGCAUUCCCAACUGGGGACUGAAAGUCGUAGAAAAAUUAUACCCGUUCUCUCUAUCUAUUUCAUUGUUCGUGGAGUCGGUUCACGAUAUCAAGGGCAAGCUUUCUACCUCAUUAUUCAUCUGCUUUGUCUCUUGCUUUCAGUCAGUAUGUUAUUUGGAUUAGGGGGGAAAAGAUGCCCAGGAGUCGUCAUAUAUAAUCAUAACCAAGGUGUGAAUAGAUUCUUACCUCUCGAGAAACAAAAGUGGGUGCAUUGUAAUCAAACUUGUGUGAUACAAGGAAAACAGCAUUACAUUACCGUGAUUCUGACCUAUUUUUAGCUCUGAGUGUUUUUGACUCGGAAGAUUCUUUGUGGAUGUUUCUGUUUCCGUUUUCUCCGUGGCAUUUAAUUAUUGUUUGUUGAUUUGCUCAUGGAUACUGUAAUGAAAUGCUUGUAAUUUUUUAAUCUCCACUUCUUCUUGAAAUGAUCUAAGUUUUAAGUAUUCUAAGGCAUAUUACUGACAGGUGAAUGGUAGUAUGUGCAAACCUCUGACUUUUGACUUAUUUUAUAAAUAGCCCGAUGCUAGGUUUUUAUGAGAAAUACGAGUGUAUGUGUGUUGCUACUCAAAAAACAUCUUUAACUUUUAUCUUGGCCUAUGUUUCUAAUUGCAGUUACAUAAUUUAAGAUGGUACCUGAUAUCAAUUUUCUUGUCCUCCGAUUUUUAAACCUUGAAAAUGUGACUUCUUCUUAAGCUCACUCUUCGUUAUAAAGCUUACUCUUUGUUAUGAACUGUUUUCACUGUUGUUAAAAAUGGAGAUAGGACAAGAAAGCUCUGAGGUGGCGAUUUGAUGAAGUUUUUUAUGGGAUUUUUGUGUUUAUUUUGUAGUACUUUUUUCUGAUGGCAACUUUUUUUUUGCAUUCACUUUUUUAAUUUUGGGGAAUUGUUAGUUCAUAGCUUGAUUUUGAUCAGGAUCAUUUAAUAAGGAAGGAACAGUUUUAUUAUCAUCUCCGUUGCUUAUCUGUACACAGGGCUGGCAAUAUUAUGUCUAUUUUACUUUUUAAAGUUUUGGAGAAUGAAUAUUAUAUGUGUGACUUACUUCACUUUACUUUACUUUUCCGAUCCAGCGGCCAUUUGGGUUCUAGCCCUUCGGUCUGUCGAUAUGGCAAAGAAUUAGGAAUACGUGUGACAAAGACUUUGAAAUGCCAGUUUCCACAGUCAGCUACUGAUCAGUUGUGCUUGGUCAAUGUAUGUGUUACUGCCAUUGUUACUGCUCUUUGGUAUCUUUUGAUGUAUUUUGCCUUUAAGGUUUAUGUGGAGAGUGUCUUUUUAAAAAAUUGCUGAAGCGAUUUUUCAGAUGGAUUUUUCAGAUGAAUUAUGAUUUUUUAAAUGUUGCAAUCGAUACAGCUCCCUUGUCUUUUUAUUUUUAUUUUUACUUUGAGUGAAAUGUCACGUUUUUUUAUACUCAUACUCAUAGCACCAGGGAUUUUUAAAACAGAACUUCGUCAUUUGUGAAGUCAAAAGGGGAAAAAAAUGGAUAUUUGAAUGGCAGUCGAAGCAGGACCAGAAUGUGCGGGUAUAAUUGUACGUAGCUCUUUUGUGUAGUGCAAGACUCUUCAAAGUCUGGCGUGUGAAGGCUUUGAUUUCAUUUCUACGCAAUGAGAUCAUUUAUAAAGUACGAAAAUUUUGGGUAAGCAUAUUAUAUUACAGACAUCACUGGUAUGUCUUUACCCAAGUCUUUUUUAUUGUCAUGUAGUCAAACCUUGCUAGUUUGUCUUGAACUUGUGUGCUCAGUGACCACAUUUUGUGGAUGGAUGGGUGGGUGGUUGGCAGCCGCUCUAGUUUGGUUUGCUUCUUCGUUCCGAUCAAUCAUCUAUCUGAUCUGCCUCAUUUCUCCUCCUCUUUUUUUUUUUGUAUGUUACUCUAAAUAGUAUCACCUCUAAUCUUCGACACUUAUAUAACCUUAUAGUGUUACUAGUGCUUUAAAACUUUUAAACUAAAACUGAACAGGUGUGGCUUGGUACUUCUUGGUCUUUGACAAAAGCUACAGCGAAAAAAGAGCACAAUCAAAGGUGACGAGAAGGUCUUUAAUUUUUAUUCAGAAUUAUCUUUUAAAAUAAAUUGUUGGGUUUUUUGGGGUUUUUUGUUCUUGUUUGUGGCUGGUGAGAUGGGUGUCUUCCUGCUGUGGUCUCAGGUCUGGGAGGAGUUGUGAGGAUCUGUGAUAGACAAGAUGCAUCUGUGCUUUGCUGGCUUGUCUGUUUUUAUGUACAAUUUUAGUGCUGCUUAUUAAAGUUUUAAAUGACUGGAUAAGUCAUCAGUGCGAGCUGUAAUCCUCUUAUAUUUUUACAUGUCAAAGAAUCUGAUUUAAAUUGUUUCUAAUUUGCAAUUGUGUCGAUGUGGAGAGGACAAAGAAACUGUGUUCCAGCUUACAAAUUUUUCAUUUGUGAGGCAGCGUGGUGGAAU